AUGGACUCGCAAAACGUCAAACAGCGUACCAGAAACGCAGUCGACGAUCCUAACAUCUCCAACACCACCCAGAGCAAAAACAACAACAAGACCGUAAAACUAAAACGUGACAACAGAGCAGCAAUGGCCAAACGUGGAAUUAGAUCACUAGCUGUAGCUGUUGCGCUCCCUCUCUCCUUGACUCUUUUUAACGCGUACUUCUUCGGCUCGACUGAAGGCUACGGUACGAGUACUAGGAGUACAUCAAAGCCCUUCUGGUUCCCACCUCUGUGGGCCUUGCACAUGACCUGCAUGGCUUCGAGUUUCUUGAUGGGUCUCUCGGCGUGGCUUGUUUGGGCUGAAGGUGGAUUCCACAGGAACCCAACGGCUCUGUAUCAUUACUUGGCUCAGCUUGUCUUGAGUUCGGCUUGGGAACCGAUUGUGUUUCAGAUGGCAGCGCCGUGGGUUGGGUUGCUUGUUUGUUUAGCUGCGUUUGGGAGUCUUGUUGGAUGUUCUCGACAGUUCAAAGUGGUGAAUCCCAUUGCAGGCGAUCUGGUUAAGCCCUGUUUGGCAUGGACUUCGUUUUUAGCCAUUGUAAAUCUUAAACUCCUUUUUCUUUGA